UGAGCCGAAAGGGGCAGGGCAGAAGGAAGGCGAUACAAACACGCCGCCGGAACAGCGCGGCUUCUGCCGCUGCCUUCGUGCGCCUUACUAGCGCGAGUUCAGUGCUGGCGCGGGAGGCGGAGGCGGGCGGCGGCGGCGCCUGCGCGGUCGGGCUCGGUCGACAGUUCGCAGGGGAGGAGGCGGCGGGAGGCGGAGGAGGCGGCGGCGGCGAUGGAGGUGAAGCGGCUGAAAGUGACCGAGCUGCGGUCGGAGCUGCAGCGGCGGGGCCUGGAUUCGCGCGGCCUCAAGAUGGAUCUGGCGCAGCGGCUUCAGGAGGCGCUAGAUGCUGAGAUGCUGGAGGACGAGGCCGGCGUUGGCGGGGCCGGGCCCGGCGGGGCCUGCAAGGCGGAGCCUCGGCCUGUGGCCGCGUCGGGCGGAGGCCCGGGCGGGGACGACGAAGAGGAGGACGAAGAGGAGGAGGAGGACGAGGAGGCGCUGCUUGAGGACGAAGACGAGGAGCCACCUCCUGUUCAGGCCUUGGGCCAGGCCGCGCAGCCACCUCCGGAACCCCCAGAGGCGUCAGCCAUGGAGGCCGAGCCCGAAUCUUCCGACACACCGGCGGAGGCCACGGCCGGGUCAGGUGGGGUAAACGGUGGUGAAGAGCAUGACACCAGCAAGGGGGAGGAAGACGGGCCGGAGGAACGAAGCGGGGAUGAGACGCCGGGAUCCGAGGCACCGGGUGACAAGGCCACAGACGAACAAGGAGAUGACCAGGAUAGUGAAAAGUCAAAACCAGCAGGCUCAGAUGGUGAGCGGCGGGGGGUAAAGAGACAGCGGGAUGAGAAGGAUGAACAUGGCCGAGCUUACUAUGAAUUCCGAGAGGAGGCUUACCACAGCCGCUCAAAGUCCCCACCACCUCCAGAAGAGGAAGCAAAAGAUGAAGAGGAGGAUCAGACACUUGUGAACCUUGACACGUAUACCUCGGAUCUCCAUUUCCAAAUAAACAAAGACCGAUAUGGAGGGCAGCCACUUUUCUCAGAAAAAUUUCCUACCCUUUGGUCUGGAGCAAGAAGUACUUAUGGAGUAACAAAGGGAAAAGUAUGCUUUGAGGCCAAGGUAACACAGAAUCUCCCAAUGAAAGAAGGCUGUACAGAAGUUUCUCUCCUUAGAGUUGGGUGGUCUGUUGAUUUUUCCUGCCCACAGCUUGGUGAAGAUGAGUUCUCUUAUGGUUUUGAUGGAAGAGGACUUAAGGCAGAGAAUGGGCAGUUUGAGGAAUUUGGCCAGACUUUUGGGGAGAAUGAUGUCAUUGGCUGUUUUGCUAAUUUUGAGACAGAAGAAGUAGAGCUUUCCUUCUCCAGGAAUGGAGAAGACCUGGGCGUGGCAUUCCGGAUCAGCAAGGAAUCUCUAGCAGAUCGGGCCCUUCUACCCCAUGUCCUCUGUAAGAAUUGUGUCAUAGAGUUAAACUUUGGUCAGAAGGAGGAGCCCUUUUUCCCACCACCAGAAGAGUUUGUGUUCCUCCAUGCUGUGCCUAUUGAGGACCGUGUGCGGACUGCAGUUCCUCCCAAGACCAUAGAGGAGUGUGAGGUGAUUCUAAUGGUGGGACUUCCUGGAUCUGGAAAGACACAGUGGGCACUAAAAUAUGCAAAAGAAAACCCUGAGAAAAGAUACAAUGUCCUGGGAGCUGAAACUGUGCUCAGUCAAAUGAGGAUGAAGGGACCAGAGGAACCAGAGAUGGACCCCAAGAGCCGAGACCUCUUAGUUCAGCAAGCCUCCCAGUGCCUUAGUAAGCUGGUCCAGAUUGCUUCGCGAUCAAAGAGGAACUUCAUUCUUGAUCAGUGUAAUGUGUACAACUCUGGCCAACGAAGGAAGUUAUUGCUGUUCAAGACCUUCUCCAGGAAAGUGGUGGUAGUUGUCCCUAAUGAGGAAGAUUGGAAGAAGAGGCUGGAGUUAAGGAAAGAAGUGGAGGGAGAUGAUGUGCCUGAGUCUAUAAUGCUGGAGAUGAAAGCCAACUUCUCUCUGCCUGAGAAAUGUGACUAUAUGGAUGAGGUGACAUACGGGGAGCUGGAAAAAGAGGAAGCCCAGCCCAUUGUUACUAAAUACAAGGAAGAAGCAAGGAAGUUGCUGCCCCCCUCCGAGAAGCGGACAAACCGUCGGAACAACCGAAACAAGAGAAACCGCCAGAACCGGAGCCGAGGCCAGGGCUAUGUGGGCGGGCAGCGCCGAGGCUACGACAACCGGGCCUACGGGCAGCAGUACUGGGGGCAGUCUGGAAACAGAGGGGGCUACCGUAAUUUCUAUGAUCGAUACAGGGGUGACUAUGACCGAUUCUAUGGACGAGAUUAUGAGUACAACAGAUACAGAGACUAUUACAGACAAUACAACCGGGAUUGGCAGAAUUACUACUACCACCACCAACAGGACAGAGACCGAUACUACAGGAACUACUACGGUUACCAAGGGUAUCGGUGAAGCCCCUGCUGUUUUCACCUGUCAGCCAUGAAGCUGAGUCUCUGGGGGUGCCAGGCACCCCCCAAAACACAACCAAGGAAAACGGGCUGUCGGGGUGGGGCUGAGCUGCUGGGGAGGGGUGGUUGGGGGGAGGGUGUGCAAGCAGGGGUGGGGGAGGGGGAGUGGAAACAACAAAACUGUACAUUUUUUUUUAAAGUUUGUGGAAAAGAAUAUUGUCUUAUUCUAUAAAACAUUUCAAACCUAGUUAGGUUAUUUGUAAUCAAAAAAAAAAAAAAAAAACACAUUUGCACAGAAAGCAGCACUUAGGGCUGCCUGUUCUGUACCCUGCAGCUGGAUAGGAAAAGAACGAAAAAUGACUCCCUCCAGCAUUCUAAGACAACUGGAACGGUAGCCCAGGAAGGGAGAGCAUUGUGGAGAGAAGAGGACACCAUGGGGGAACUCUGCGUAGUAGGCAGGAGUAGGAACAGAGGUGGUAGGAGUUGGGACAGGGAACACCUGUGACCAGGGCAGUAAAAAUAAACGAUUGGCUCUUAUCAAUCACUUGUACCAAC